AGGUAGAAAGAAACGGCCCUCGGUGAAGGGGAGACGCCGCGGCCAAACCAUUCGUCCCUCAAGUUAUUUCUUAUUUCCUUUCCGUGCCCUUUCUUUCUUUUCGUUCUUCCGAUCUCCCACCUCCUCUCUCUCUCUCUCUCUUCCCCUUUAUAAACCCGCCUCACAAAAAAAUGAAGCUAGAUUUUUAGGUGCUGCCUGUGAUCGAGAUCGUUAGUUUGAGUAAAAAGAGUGAUGUGAUCCGUGUCCCCUCCUCCUCCUCUUGCUAACGCUGAACCUUCGAGUUCUCCGUUCGCCGGAACCCGGGGUGAUCGCGGCGUCGUACCUCCGCCGGUGUCCGGCACCAUGAACCCCGGGGAGACCACGCCCCCGUCGCCGCUCGACAAGCCCCUCGCCGAGCUCACCGAGGAGGACAUCGCCCAGCUCACCCGCGAGGACUGCCGCCGCUUCCUCAAAGCGAAAGGCAUGCGACGGCCGUCGUGGAACAAGUCGCAGGCGAUCCAGCAGGUCAUCUCUCUCAAGGCCCUUCUCGAGGGGCGGCCCGGCUGUGACGACUGCCCUGCUGGCGGCGGAAUCCUCCAAAAGCUGCUCACUUCUUCUCCUUCGGAGCCGCUAUCGCCACCGCAGGACUCACCUCCUCCCGCGCCGAAGGAGGGCGGUAGCGGAUCACAGCCGCUGGCGAAGGAGCCGUCGCCGUAUCGAAGGAGGGACCCGAUCCCACCGCCCUAUUCAGCCGGAAAUCCGACGUGCCAGACCCCAAUUGCCGGAGCUGACCUUCCCCACCCGCCGGAGAAGCGCUGCCCCUCCCCCAGGUUGACGGCGGAAGUACCGGUCGGCCAGAUGACGAUCUUCUACGACGGGAUGGUCAACGUAUACGACGGCGUCUCGGCCGAUCAGGCCAGGUCGAUCAUGGAACUUGCGGCCAGCCCGGUCUGCUUCGACGAUCCGACCGGUGCAUUCUCUCCGGCCCGGCCGCCGGCCUUCCGCUUCCCUCCGGGUCUCCCCCGACCGGCCCCGGUCCCCACCGCUCCCUCGUUCGUGGGGACCUUCCCGAUCUCGCCGGCUGGCACGAUGAUCCACCGUGUCGCGGACGGCUCGGAUGACCGCAGAGUCCCGCGGGAAACGGAGCCCGUGGUGGGAAUUGAUGGAUCCGCCUAUGACCUAACAUCAAUUUUUGGACGACGAAACUUAUGGCGAUGCUACUCUAGCAGACUCUGCCCUUUGAAUUUGGGGACUCUGAUUGAGCAUGUUGGUAAAAGCACAAUGAUAAUGUUUAUAACCCAGUUGAUAUGUUCUCCGGCACUAGAUUUUGACAUAUUCGACGAGAUUGUGUCGUUUUGUUUUGUUUCUUAUUUGUAUUUGUAUAUAUAUGCAAUGGCAACCAUCGCCUCGGCAAUUAAUAAGAUUUUGAGAUGCCAACAUUAUCCAGACUCAGUGCAUCAAGGUUACAAGUCUAAGAAUGUAAAAUCUGCCUGCCAGCUUAUCAUAGCAGUGUAUGCUAUCAGAGGGCAUCAAGGUCUGGUGAAUGCAGUUUCGUAGUGAUCAUCUUAUUGGCCUCGACUGUACUGUGAACUCGUGUACUUGAAGCCUAGUACGAAGAUCUGAUGGUAGGUUGUUGUAAGGCCUCAUCUGAAAGUUGCGGCUAUUCUAUAGUUAUAGGAGAUGUAUUCUGUAAGAAUUGUUUGGGAUGCACAAUAUUUCCUGGAUAUCCAAGUUUGUGGACUGACCCAAUUAUCUUUUAACGACUGUAGAGAGGCUAACGAUUUAAGUUUGUUUAUUGCAGUGCUGCUGUGACUGAUUAUUCUACCUAUUGCUUCACAUUUCUGGUUGAGGCAAUUGCUGUACGAAGCCCUUCCCAUGUUCACCAGUUUUUGGCUUUCCUUUUGGGGUUAUAUUCUCCUCGAUGUUGGAUUAUUUCAUCCAUGCAAAUAUUGGCCACUCUUUGGUUUCAAUUUAACGAAGGUUUGAAGUUUGGUUGUUCCUUUUUAUUUCCUUGCUUUUUUUCUUUCUUUAUCAUGUGAUAUUUCUUUGACCCAUUGAACAGGUUAUACACAGCAUGUUGCUGACAUAAGGUUUGAAAGGUUGUAUCCUUUUUCUUUCGAUGGGUGUGUUUUGCAAGCCAUCUGUUCAUAUCACACAUCAUGAAGAAACGAUCUUAUCAUGGCAACAGAAGUUGAUGCAGUGCUUGAUGGUGUUGUCGUCAUCCUUAAAGCAGGCUGCAACAACGACAAGGACUGACUAACCAGGUGAUACCAUUUAUGCUGCUACGAUCGUUGCCUUUCUUCAUUGUUGAUGGUUCUGAAUGCCACUCGGGGUCUUAUCAUCAGGUCAGGCUCUAUUAUUAUCUCAUGAUGGCGUAAAUAGGAAAACCCAAGGCUGAGAGGUAAGUUUUAAGCCUCCUGACUAUACUUGUUAGAUUACCAGGCGUUGCUUUGUCACAAGAAAAAUCUGCUAGCGAGCGUCUCCUACCUUCGCUCCUUUCCUUUGCCACAGUGUGUGCAACAUUUCUCGUUUCUCCAUCCACAAAGACAGUAGUAUCAAUAAUAUUAUUGAUGAAGGUACAGUUUGAUCGUGAGUUAGAUUUGAGGAAAUUGAUCCUAUUUGGUUUAAUUUUCUAGUACUGUCAUAUCGGAAAGAGAAAGUUCAUUCGGUUUUGGAAUAUUGUUAAGAGAGAAAUCUUUCAAAAACGUAAAGAGAAAGUUUCCUAUUAAAAUAUACCUGAGAAAACUCUUUUAGAUAUCGUAAUUCUUGUAACUAUUAGUUUAACGAGAGAAUGUAUCGAUGCAUGCGUGAAAAAAUAAUGAUAGUAUUAUUUGUCUUCAUUAUAUUUUAAAGUAAGGACUUGCACUAGGUAGAUGUAAUAUACACAAAAGGAUAUCUUUGGAUGAUCCAAGUACUUUGGAUGCUUUUUAUCAUGGAUAGAUAUAUUAUGCAUAAAUAAGAUGUUUUGGAUUGUUUUGUUCCUUUCGGUUAUCUUAUGUCCUUCAGCAAUCAUAUUUAAGUGACACAUUUUGGGAUGCAUCUA